CAGAAGAGAGGGGAAUGUGUUGUUCUCCGCGAAUGCGAACGGUUUAUGUUAAUAGUCUUUCCAAAUGAUCGUGCCGUUUGAUGGGAAAUAGUGAACGGAAAAAUUUCAAGAUUGCAGUUCGUCGGACGAUACUGCGCUUGAAAAUUCCGGGCAACGGAUAGUACAAAAUGAAGCCUUUAAUCGAAUUCGAGGAAUGUUUGCGAGACACGCCAAAGUUUCGAUCCUGCAUCGAGGAAGUAGAGGCAAACGUUGAUCUGCUCGAACAAAAAUUAGACAAGGUGUUAAAAAAUUGUAACCAGAUGAUUGACACUGGGAAACUUUUUGUAGGACAACAAAGCCAAUUUGCCAAUAGUCUUUGGGAAUUAUCUCUGUACUUUAACGAUGACUCAGAGAUAAUGGCCUUACUGAACAAAUUAAUACAUGCUUUGCAAGAAAUGAACAAGUUUCAUACUAUUUUAUUAGAUCAAGCAUCUAGAACUGUAAUAAAAGAUCUUAAUUCUUUCAUUAAGAGUGAUAUCAAAAGGGUGAAAGAAUCUCGUCAUUACUUCGAAAAAAUUUCCACAGACUUAGAUAUAGCAUUAAACAGAAAUUCCCAAGUUCCAAAGUCCAGACCUACAGAGUAUGAAGAAACUUCUAACAUUUUAUCAGCAACGAGAUCCUGUUUCCGGCAUACGGCUUUGGAUUAUAUUCAUUCCUUAACGAUGAUACAAUCACGCAAGCGACACGAAAUAUUGGGUACCCUACUUAAUUAUAUGAACGCGUGCAUCACUUAUUACCAUCAAGGUAGCGAUUUGGCACAAGAUUUGGAUCCAUUUUUAAAAGAUCUGGGCGAGAACUUAAUUAAAAUGAGAGCUGAUUCGGUGAAACUUGAGAAGGAAAUGGAAAAUCGGCAUAUUUACGUAACAAAUAGAGACUUAAUACCUUCGCCGAUACCUGGUAAUCCUAAAAUGGAAGGCUACCUCUUCAAACGUACUAGCAAUGCUUUUAAGACUUGGAAUAGGAGGUGGUUUUGCUUAAGAGACCACCAGUUGGUAUAUAGGAAGAGAACUGGUGACAAUGAUUACACAAUUAUGGAAGAAGAUCUUCGUCUUUGUACUGUAAAACCAGUAGUUGACUGUGAUAGAAGAAAUUGUUUCGAAGUAUUAAGUCCUACUAAGAGCCACAUAUUACAAGCUGAUAGCGAAGAAGCUUAUUUAGCAUGGGUAACUGCCAUGCAACAAGCAAUUGGUGCUGCUAUUCAGAGAGGUAUGGGUGCUGGUACUAUAGUUAGUAUACGGGAAUCACAAUCACAGAAUCUUAGAGGAUCAAGCAGGCAACAGACAAAGCCUAAGUCAAGAGUCUGGGAGCAACUACUAAAGAUUGCUGGAAAUAAUACUUGCUGUGAUUGUGGCGGUGAUGAUCCAAGGUGGGCUAGUAUCAACCUUGGAAUUACACUCUGUAUAGAGUGCUCUGGGGUGCAUAGAAGUUUAGGUGUUCAUUACAGCAAAGUUCGUUCCUUAACUUUAGACGAUUGGGAACCGGAGAUACUAAAAGUAAUGGCAGAGCUCGGAAAUACUGUAGUGAACAAUGUUUAUGAAGCUCUGCCAAUUCCUUCUGAUAUUAUUAGAGCUACUCCAAAAUGCAACGGUAACAUACGCGAAGCUUGGAUAAGAACAAAAUACGUAGAUCGUAAAUUCGUGAAGCCUUUAAGCAACAUGAUCUCUGGACAACACGCGAGUCGCGAUAAAAUGCACUUUCGCAAAUGGAGCGUCCGCAAAUUGCGUCGUCGACCAAGGAGUUGCGACAAAAUCGAUAGUAUUAAUCGUAACAAAACAACGACGCUAUCAUCUGUGAAAGAGGGUCAUCAUUCGACGAGCUCGGAUGACAGCAAGCAUACGUCAAUCGAAAGUUUAAGCUCUGUCGACAAAGCAAAGAAAGCUGAAAGAAGUUCCUUAAGCUCUGACGAUAGCACGAAUAUAGAUCUGAAGAAUGAAUCUACCCUGUAUGGGAAAAUCUUGGCACGACCUCGAAGCGAUGCAAACGAAAGUAACACCAAGACUGUUAAUAGCAAUACGGAAUCGAACGUUAAGAAUGAAGAUAAACUUCUUAGUCCUGAAAUCAAAGACAAUACGAUCACUAUGAGCAAUUCGGAAAAUAGUCUAUCGACGAAAAGCGAAGUGUCCUUAAGCACAGAGAAUUCUGAUGGGAAAAAUACAUUCGAGAAUAAAGAUACUGGCACAGAGAAACAGUGUAAAGUAGAAUCCGACGUGUUGAUGUUCGGAUGCGACUUACCAAAGCCAACGAUCGAUAAUAGCUUAGAGUUAAGUUCCGAUCAAGAUUCAACUGCCGGGGAGGAUGAAGAGUUCACGGAUGAAGAAGAUAUCGAGAACCUACAUCCUGAGAUGCUGCUUUAUAAAGCUGCCGCAGCACACAAUCUGCCUGUAAUGUGUGCAGCUUUAGCAGCUGGUGCUGAUAAAUCAUGGACAAACGUUAAUGACAGAGGAAGAAACGCUCUGCAUCAGGCGAUUAUAAGCGGUUCGGUGAUGUCUUGCGAAUAUCUCAUCCUAAAUGGAGCACGUAUCAAUUGCCAAGAUGGUUAUGGGAAAACACCAUUGUACUUGGCUACAGAAUUAGGUCAUACUGCCCAAGUGUGCUUGUUAUUAAAACACCGUGCUGAUCAACACAUCCAGGAUGAGAGUGGUGUUAACCCUUUGUCCAUAGCUGUGAAAGAAGCCAAUGCGGACAUUGUUACAUUAUUAAGACUUGGUCUCCUAAACGAAGAAAUGAGAGACUCGGAGAUUGGAAUUAGCGGUGAUGAAACAUUCAACGACGUCGUUCGUGACUUUAGCCAAAUGGCUUGUUCUCAUCCAGAACGGCUGCAGCGACGAAAUGAAAGUAACAACGCGUCGCAGCCGCCUGAAUGAGGUUUAAGAAGUUGCAAAGUUUAUUUGCAAAAUUUAAAAAGCAAGUUACAGCGGAAGGAGAAGAAGGAGUAUGGUACAUCGAAAAUGUCGUCUUUCAGUUCCUUGCAGGGUAAUAAAAUUGAUUAAUGAGUAACGAGUAAGUAUGAAGAACGAAG